GGAUAACUUAAUAAUAAUAUCAUUAUAGUUAAGUUAAUUUGUAAACUGGUAUGGACUGUUCAAAAUAAAGGUGAGAGGAUUGGCGUUUCCAGCUCCAACGGUUUUGCUUCAGACAAGAGAAAAAAAGGGCCUCAAGGAAGCCUCCAGGAUCCAGCAAUUUUUCUUCCAGUCUGCAGAAGUCCAGCCUUAAACCUCUAAUCCUCCACGCAGCGCACGCUCCAGGAAUCAAGCGGUUAUGUUGCUUUUGCACUUGUGAUAUUCAAAGUUUGCAUAGACGUGACCUAGGUACGUUGUUCAAUCUGUCCAGGGCAAAUGCAAAUACACUGUAUCACCUGCUGGCUGCUCCUAUACGCAAACCACUUAAAACACAAUUUUUUUUGCCAGUCUUUGACGCUUCAUGAAUCUUCAAAUCCAACACAUACUCUUCAGGAAUCACUUUGAAUUCUUAGGCUGAAGGUAACAUGGCAGGAGUCAUAACAAAUUUCUUUAUCGCAUCUUUGUUUAUGUGGGCAGUUCCUAUUGCAAUUCUUUAUGGUUUCAAUCAUAAUUUAUUCCCUGGUAUGACUGACUUCUCUCCGUACUCUGUAACACUGCUCAGUGGGUUUCUAGCUGUCAUUUCCGUCAACGUUGUUAUAGCAUUUUACAUUUACAUGGCAAUGAGAGAAAGCUCAGAGAAGCAUGAACCGGAUCCUAAAUUCCUUGCAGAUGCCAAGGCUAGUAGUGUCAGCCUCAGGCAGGAUGGUCAGGGUGAUACAAAUGAUUCAUCAGUAACACAUUCAAAAAAUGAAUAGGUUGACAUUAUGAACAAUGAAUAUCAAGGACAAAGGAAAAGGGGCGCUACUGCAGUGUUGGUUGAAUCUAUUGUACUGUGUGUUGAUUUCUGAGGGAUUCACAAAGCCGUGUAGGAAGAGCUUGGAGAGCUGUGUUUUUCAAAUUUCAACAUGACUGACGUCUGCAGCUUUAUUCCUCAUAUUGAUAUCGUGUAUGAAGAUUGUUGUAGAAAGAACCACUUUGUUUUUAACAUAAUAAAUUGUGCCCCCCCCCGCAAAGUUUUUGAACAAAGAAAGAUGAUUAAAAACCAGUGCUUGCCUUCCAAAAAAGAAAUCAUUAUUUGAGGUCCUGUGUAUGUCAUCUUUUAGGUUGUUGCUUAGGAAUGGUGAUGAACGUGUAGCUCUUCUUACAGUUUAUAUUAUUAAAUGAAAGAAAUUGUUAUUACUAUUCUUAUAA